AUGGACAAGCAUGUGCAAGAGGGCUGCGGGUAUCCCCCGGGGCUGGAGCUGCCCCUUAUGCUGCUGCAGAUGGAGCGGAGCCGGCAGGCCCAGGAGCAGCUCCUGUGGGACUUGGAGCUGCUGACUGGUGUGGAGCUGGGCCUCUUCUGGCCACCCCAGGCCCAGUUUUUCGGUCCGAGGGGCCAGGCCCAGCAUGCAUGGAGCCAGUACUGUCAGCCAGGUGGUAGCACGGGUGGGGACCCCGAGCAGCUGAAUUCUAGGCUGCACCCUCUACCCCAGGACAGGGACUCCCUGAGCCAGAACCAUCAGCUCCUGGAAGGAGCCCAUGGGCCCAGAGAGGUGCAUCAGAGGCAGCCCUUGAACUCCUGCAGGGGGCAGACGGGAGACCCAUCAUUGGCCCCAGAUCUGGGUGAAGCCAGGAGUGGUGCAGGCCAAGGGUGGGAGAGCCCUGGAGGACCUGCAGAGCCCACACGCGGCUCCUUACAAGAGCUGAACCCUACUACCAGGAGGAGCUUUGGGGUGCCAGGCAGCUCAGAGUACAAGGACCUGGCCCAGAGGGAAGAGAGGAGUGAGGCAGAACCUGAGACCCAGGAAAGAAAGCUCACUCCCGGCACCCCUGGGCCGGGAGACCUGCCCUCCCAAAACCUGCCUUCCCAAGAUGCCCUUGAAGGACUGGGCUGGGACUCGCACCCGGGCCAGGAGAGAGCAGAACUUCAAAGACCGCCAAGGAUGGACACCCCUCAGAGUCUGAGAGAGGAGGACCCUCAGGAUCAGAAAGCAGAGACCCCUCAUUAUAAGAGAGAUGCUCCUCAGCGUCAGAGGGUGAAGACACAGGGGGGCCAGAGCCCAAGAGCUCCUCAGGCUCAGAGGGAGGAGGCCCCCCUGGGUGAGAACAGGGGCGUUCCUCAGAGUCGAAGAGAAUUUAGUCCUAAGUGCCAGGGAAAGGCGAGUCCCCAGAGUCUGGGGAAGAAGAUGCUGCGGUCUUGGGAAGGCAAUAUCUCACAAGCCUGGGAGGUGGCUCCCGGGGAGGCCACUGUACAGCUCCCAGAGGAAGGCGGCUCCCGGAGCCAUCAGAGGGACUCGUGCGGGUCCCUGAAAGCCCAGACUCCAAAGCCUGUGGGCAGGGAGAGCCCAGACCUCCAGAGAAGGACUACCGCGAUGAUGCAGGGCAUGAUCAGAGGCGAGACACAAAAGUCGGCACCGGCGGUGGCAAAGCUGGGGGUCGCCCAGGAGGGGGCGUGGGCUGCGCUUCCCGGCCCCAAGCCCCCGGCCCCGCAGCUGCUUCCAGGUCGCGGAGCCGGAGCUGUGAUGCCAGCGACCCUGCGCGCCAAGGUAUCCGGGCAGCAGGGGCUCCCCGGGGGUCUCCAGGGGCCCCCAGACCCGGAGCGCGAUCCGCACGGGCUGCAGGGCCCUGGAGUGGGCCCCGGCCCGGGGGAGCAGGAGGUGGGCCAGGCUCGGCUUCCGGGUGCCCUCUGGGGUCGUGGGGGCGACCCUGAGCGUCCCAAGGCCUCGAAGGCCGCGUGGCCGGCGCCCCUAGGCAGGGCCAAGGCGCCUGCGGGCUUGAGCGCGGCGCAGCAGGAGACGGCUCUGCAGCGGCUGCUGGAGCUGCACUGCGCAGCCAGGUGGCGGCGCCGGCGGGACCGUGAGCAGCAGCGGCUCCGGGUCCUGGAACGCCUCCACAUCGCCAGCAACCGCCACUGCCGGGUUCACCCCGUGGGGCUCCCGCCCAGCCCGGCUCAACUCCCGCCACAGGAGGACGCGACUGGACGGCGGCGCGCCCUGCAGGAGCAGCUGGAACAGAUGCAUAGGGAGAGGACCGGGCGGCUGCGGGCCCUCGGGGCCAGGAACACUCAGAACUUCCUGGAACUACUGUGUUCCCCUGGUGCUGCGGAUCCCGUGCCUGCAGAGUAGUGCUCGCCCUUCCCAGCCCCC